UCAAUUGCAAACCUUCAACUAUUUUUAAUAACCCCCAUUUAGAACAUCUCUCCAAAUCCCACGGACUUCUCAUCCCCUCAUUUCCAAUCGAUAAAUAACAAAAUGCCCAUUGAGAAGAUAAAAGCCCGUCAGAUAUUCAAUAGUAGAGGUGAGCCCACUCUCGAGGUAGAUGUGAUCACCGAAAUAGGGCUCUUAAGGUCCUCGGUGUCCUGCACCCACUCACCCAUUCCCAAUGAAGCUGUGGAACUCCGUGAUAAUGAUGAAUCGAGUUUUAAUGGCAGAUCAGUUCUCAAAGCCGUGAAUAAUGUAAAUAAAAUAAUCGGACCGGAAAUCGUGAAGAGUCGCUUAGAGGUAUGUCAACAGAGGGAUAUAGAUUCAUUGAUGAUCAGAUUGGACGGUACAAGUGACAAAUCAAAACUCGGUGCCAAUGCAAUUCUUGGGGUGUCAAUGGCCUGCUGCAAGGCAGGUGCUGUCAAGAAGGGUUUACCUCUCUACAAAUACAUAUCCCAACUUGCUGAUAGCAAACAGCUCAUCAUUCCCGUGCCAGUUUUUACAGUAAUAAGUGGUGGGAAAUUGUCUGGAAAUCCUUUGCCUUGUCAGGAAUUCGUCCUCAUGCCCACAGGUGCCACGUCCUUCGCUGAAGCUAUGAAAAUUGGUUACGACGUGUAUCGAGCUCUUGAAAAACUCAUCGCUGAAUCGCAGGAGUUAAAACUUCCCCUGACGAUCAGUGAUGAGGGGGCAUUUUCACCGGAGUUUGAGGAGGAUCGAGAGGCUUUAGCCGCGAUAGUCGAUGCGAUAAAGGGAUUGGGUUACGAGGGCAAGGUGAAGGUGGGAGUGGACAUGGCCGCGAGUUCUUUCUGCAAGGAUGGUCAGUACGAUCUGGCAUUUAAAACCGAUGAAUCAGAUCCGGAUGACUACAUGGACACAGAAGCCUUGAAGGAUCAGUACCUGGAUCUCUUGCGAGAGUUUCCUCAGAUUGUUUCUCUGGAGGAUCCAUUUGAUCAGGAAGACUGGGAUGGAUGGGGAAUGCUGGCAGAUCAGCCAAUUCAACUGCUAGCUGACGAUCUCACUGCGAUGAAUGCAGAAAGAAUUGAGGAGGCCAUGGAGAAACAGAGUGGAAAUGGCAUUGUCAUUAGACUUUCGCAAAUUGGUACGAUAACUGAGGCCAUUGACUGCCACAAAAUGGCGAGGGCAGGUGGAUGGUCCAGUGCAGUGUCCACUUCUUUUGGAGAAACUGAGGACAACUUCAUAGCCGAUUUUGCUGUAGGACUGGCUGCAGGGCAAUUCAAGGGCGGAGCCCCUUGUCGGGGCGAACGAGUCUCCAAGUACAAUCAAAUAUUGAGGAUCGAGGAGGAGCUCGGAAAAGACUCGGUUUACGCUGGGGAAAUGUUUCGAAAUCCUCUCCAGCUUGCGGAGAGCAAGAAAGAAGGGAAAGAGAAGAAAGGCAAGGACAAGAAGAAGAAGUAAUAGGAAAUUUAUUAA